AUGAAUGUGCCAUCGGGAGCCAUGUCGCCUGUCUCCGUCGAUGGCAGCGACUGGUCCGGCAUCAAUCAGUAUCAGAAGUCGGACCCGCCCUUUUCGCCAACUUUCAACUCGCGAAGCAAUCUAGCCACUCCCCCUACCUCGGGCGUUCCCAGCGCACCUCUAAGUCCCAACGGCACCAGCCCAGGCAAUCCUCCAUCUGGGCCCUCACCCACCGGCAGCGGCAAUCCGUCCCCUCCUAACUCUGUGGCUGCGAGAUCCAGCGUUGGAACCCUCGGCGGAGAUGGACCACGCCCUGGAGGUCGAAGACACAGACAAAUGGAAGAGAUUCUACACCAGCAUUUUGUGACCCUACGACGAUUCCUGCAGAUUGCCAACCGCAAUGAUGCGAAUAACGCCCGGUCAAAUAAGGCUCGCGAUAAACUCUUGCGCUUGUCUCCGACGCAGUUCCAUGAACUCAGUACAGAUGUCUACGAUGAGCCACGCCUCCUCCCGGACAGCCCCCCCCGACCCGAUAUCCCGACCUCCCUCCCUCCGCGCAAGGACUUCCACGAGAAACGCAACUCCGCGCGCCACAAGCUUGCCUCCCUCCCACCCCCGCGCUUUCGAGACUUGGCAACUGAUGUCUAUUACGAACUGGAGCGCCGUUUCCCUCAAUUCACCGGCCGCCGCCCACCUCCAAACUUCCCACCUGAUGCCCGUCGCUCUCAGUCUCGUGGUCCUCCGAGUCGCAUGGGCCGGGGGUAUCCAUCCGGUGGCCCGCCCGGUACACCAGGUAGCCCGUUUCCUCCGCGUCAGGGUUCUUUGGGCGGCCCGCCAUCUAUGAACGGGGACGGCCCCUUCCCUCGAUCUUUCCAAAGUAAUACCAUGGUUCCGAACAAAAGCACGAUGGUGGAAGACAGUGAUGAUAUGGGAGGCGAGGACGAUGAUGAUGCUCGGAGUGACGCUUUUGCGCUGGACGCAGUCUUGAGCAGGCGAGGAACGACAACCACCUUGGGCGAUAGUGAGCGACGACUAUUGGUAGAAAGCCAAUCACACGUCUCAGCGCUGCAGGAGAAGGUGGAUAAAUUGGAAGAGUUGAUCCGCACAAAGGACGAGGAGCUCGCCCGAUCAUCAGAUGCAGGACAAUCUAGUGUCUCUCAUCACGAACGCGAGGAAUGGGAGGAUCUCCGUAAUGAUCUGGAAAACAAGGUUUCCCAGGCCGAAAAUCUAAAUAGUUCGCUCCAACUUGAACUUAGUCGAGUUCGGGAAGAGCAGGAGAGCGUGGAACGCGAACUCCGUACUCAACUGGAAGAGGCCAGUCUCAAUGCAGGCGACUCUGACGUACAAGCUCGCUAUGACGAAUUAGAAAGUCAACACCAGAGCCUCCAGGUGAAACUGCAGCAACAACAGCAAGUGACGCAAGAGGUACGACGUGAAGCGUCUGAGUUCCUCAUGGAGAUGAAGACUCUUACGGCCCAAAGUCAUUCCAACUACGAACGCGAGGAGCAACUAUCCAAUGACGUACACCGAUUGGAGACAGAGAUCAACGAUUGGAAACACCGCUAUGCAAAAGCAAAAUCACAACUCCGUCAUCUUCGUACUUCUUCUGGUGGCAUUGAUGAUAUUCGACCUGACGCGAGCGUCCUUGCGAAGGAGCACGAACUGGUGCAGGUUGAUGGUGUGGUUAAAGAUAUCCAUGUGACCAAGUUCCAGAUGUCCAUCGAUGAGCUCCUCCGGAUGGCCCGUGUCGAAGACUCGCAGAGUGUUUCUCGGCAAACUAAAUUUGUUAUUACCGCAGUCCGUCAUAUGAUCCAGGACGUGGAUCAGGCCCCUCCCCCAGUCGAUGGAACGGCCACUCUGCGGCUCAAGACCAAGUCUCGAGUGGCAACCACCGCAAAUAAUAUGAUUAUCGCUGCCCGCAACUUUGCCAACUCUAGCGGUCUGUCGCCAGUAUCUUUGCUAGACGCUGCCGCCUCGCAUCUCUGCACAGCUGUUGUGGAAUUGAUUCGGGUUGUGAAGAUUCAAGCAUCGCCUGCCGACUGGGCGGACGAGGACGACAUCGAUGAAUCUACCGAGAAGUUCCCAGACUACUUCAGCACGAGUGCCAGCCAGCGGCCCCUCAGCAACCACUCCGAAUACAGCAUUUUGAGCCCUCCGGACCACGAUCAUCCUGCUAUGCAAAACGGACUCGCCAACGGCACGGACUUUAAUUAUGGAGCGCCGCAGGGGGAUCACGAGCUUCAAGAAUUGAGAUUCUACGUGGAGGAUCAGACCGAUAGCAUGGUCCAGUCCAUCCAGGCCUUGGUGGCUAGCAUUCGGGCAGAACACGACAUGCACACUGUUCAGACCUAUGUGUCUGCCAUCUCCGAUAUUGUCUCCCACGUCGUGUCCUCCACAGAGCAUCUGGCCCGCGAACGAAGUGGCGAUGUCGCCCUGCGGGAGCGGACCGAGCCAAUUAUCAAUUCCUUGUACGAGGGUCGCGAUCGACUGACGAACACGGCGGCUGCAGGCAACGACGCUACUAGCCCUGAGCACCUCCGUGAAGUGACAAACCAGCUACCUCCGAUCGCCUUCGAGAUCGCUCGCCAGACCAAGGAGCUUGUGCAGCGCCUUGAGUCCUUGGCAAACACUGAUGACGACGAGUUUGCGUGA